AUGUUGGAACUUUUAACAUCAUAUAAUGAACAAGUAGGUGCUCUUGUUUUGGAUAAUGCUCCACAAAAUGCUAAAUACACCUCGCAUCAAAUUCAAAAUGAAAUUUUGCAUGUCUUUGCUAGAAAUGUUCAGUCUUCAAUUCGUCAUGAGAUUGGUGAUGCAAGAUUUUGCUUAAUUGUUGAUGAAGCUCGAGAUGAAUCUAGAAGAGAGCAAAUGGCCCUUGUUAUUAGGGGCCAAGGGUAUGACGGUGCUAGUAAUAUGCGUGGAGAGUGGAAUGGAUUGCAAGCUUUAUUCAUUAAUGAUUGCCCUUAUGCAUAUUAUAACUUGAUUUUUAUUAUUAACAUUGUUAGUGCUUCUUGCAAGCGUAAUGAUGAAUUACGGGCUUUUCAAGCAGCUACAAUUGAACAUUUAGUUGAUAUUAGUGAGAUUGAAACGGGUAAAGGAGUUAAUCAAGUAGGUGAUUUGCAACGACCUGGAGAUAGCAAAUGGAGUUCGCACUUCAAAUCCAUUUGCAGUUUGAUAAAAAUGUAUGGGGCAACUUGCUUGGUUCUUGAAAACAUCGCUUUAGAUGGAUCUACUUAUUCUCAACGUGGUGAUGCGGCUUUUUCAUUUAAGUUGCUAAUGUCAUUUGAUUUUGCAUUCAUUUUGCAUAUAAUGAAGAAUGUUAUGGGAAUUACUGAUGUGCUUUGCCAAGCUUUGCAACAGAAAUCUCAAGACAUUUUAAAUGCUAUGCAUUUGGUGACUACCACAAAGACUUUAAUUCAUAAGUUAAGAGAUGAUGGCUGGGAAACUCUUUUAGAAGAAGUGACAUCAUUUUGUAAGCAUCAAGACAUUGAAGUUCCUGAUAUGGAUGCUUGUUUUUCUAGUGUGGGACGAUCUCGCAGUAAAACAAAAUCAAUAACAGUUGAGCAUCACUAUUGA